AAACCCCGAAGCUGAAGGAUCCUGUUUCUAUUCGCCAUCAUGUCGACUGCACUGCUUCUGUUUCUCUGUCUGAUCGGACAUGUGUUCGCCAAAGAACCUCCUGAUGUGCAGUGUUUGAUAGUGCAUCUGCAAUAUGUCUCCUGUUCCUGGAAUAAGUCAGGGACUCCAGCGGUCAAUUACACCUUUUCCAGCUGGUUUGAGGGUGGCGAUGAAAUUCCCUGCGGCGACUAUCUGAGAGAGAACAACUUGAACACUGGAUGUAACCGACCCUGCAACAGAAUGGAUGGAUUUGACACAUUUUAUACUGUACUGAGUGGUGGAAACAAGCCAUAUCGGAAUGAACAUAAACUUAAAGACAAAGUCAAGCUAAAUCCACCAACCAACCUGACCGUCCAAAUGGGGGCCGACUCCAACCUGUGGUUUUACUGGAACCAGACUUCUACAAACUGUGUGGACAGUGAAGUUCAAUUCAGAAAAAACAAAAGGAAAUGGGAGAACUCUCCAGUUGUCCGUGGGAGGCAGAGUUACUGCAUCAACUUGCCUUCAAGCAGUUUCCAAUACGAGCUGAAAGUGCGGAGCCAACUGUCCCACUCUUGUGGAGGAUCUUUAUUCUGGAGUGACUGGAGUGAGCCUGUCGUCUGGGGGUCCAAUAACAGCACAGAUGUGCAGUGUUUGAUAGUGCAUCAGCAAUAUGUGUCCUGUUCCUGGAAUAAGUCAGGGACUCCAGCGGGCAAUUACACCUUUUCCAGCUGGUUCCAUGAUGGUAAUGAAACUGACUGCAGCGACUAUCUGAGAGAGAACAACAUGAUCACUGGAUGUAACCGACCCUGCAAUGCAUCUCAACCCUGCGAUAGAUUCAGAACAUUUUAUACUGUACUGAGUGGUGGAAACAAGCCAUAUCGGAAUACACAUACACUUAAAGACAAAGUCAAGCUAAAUCCACCAACCAACCUGACCGUCCAAAUGGGGGCCGACUCCAACCUGUGGUUUUACUGGAACCAGACUUUUACAAGCUGUGUGGACAGUGAAGUUCAAUUCAGAAAAAACAAAAGGAAAUGGGAGAACUCUAAAGUUCUUAGUGGGAGGCAGAGUUACUGCAUCAACUUGCCUUCAAGCAGUUUCCAAUACGAGCUGCAAGUGCGGAGCCAACUGUCCGACUACUGUGGAGGAUCUUUAUUCUGGAGUGACUGGAGUGAGCCUGUCGUCUGGGGGUCCAAUAACAGCACAGAUUCAUAUUCAGUCGACAAUUCAAUGUCUGUGUGGACACCAGUACUAUAUGCAGUGGGUGCUCUUGUCCUCAUCCUUCUAGCCUUGAUGUUAGUCCAAAAUGAAAGACUCAGGAUCAUCCUCAUCCCUGUGCUCCCCAAGCCAUCCCUGGACAACAUUGAGGAUUGGUUUCAGUUGUCCAAAGGCCUGAAAGAGGAUUCACAGGCCACCUACAAUGAGCGAGCCUGCCCUGUGCGCGAGUACAUCUACAUAUCUCCGUCUGACAACGAGAGCUCUGACAGCUCUGACAGCUCUGACAGCUCCGGUCUUUCUGUCACCACCGACCAAACCGACUGCUCCGUCUCCAUCGCUGUGAACGACCAGGAGGACCCAUCCACCGCCUUUUCCUCCUCCAAAAUGUCAACUGAAAAUGAUUAGUAUCUGUUUCAGGUCCAUCUCAGUCAGGGUUGGGUUUGUCCAAAAUGAAACAUCCAGACUUUUAUUGACUUUUACUGACACAUCUCCUGCAUGACUGCAAGGGUUGGAAAAUUAAUAAUGGAUGUGUGCUCCAAUAGUCUAAUUGCUUCAGUUGAGAGGUGAACAUAAUUGAGACAUUUAACAGAAACUAAAGUAAUGGUUGAAAUAGUUUUUAAUGAAACAAAUUACCUCUGAGUUACAUGAUCAGGUUUUACAAAUAUCUAGAACCUCUGUCACUAAAAGAGUUAUUUAAAGCGUAAAGAUCACCAGUACUUGAGGAAUUUGUUUAUGAAUGAAACUCAAUUAGUUUUUUCACUUCAGAAGCCAGACUGUCAGUUCAAAGAAUGUUGUGUUCUUUCAGACUUUAAGGUUUUAUAGGACACUUACUAUAUGAGGCACCAAACUGAACUUCUUUAUUGUAUAUUGUCGUGACGUGUUAAGGUAAACUUUAGGUUUUGGACAUGGGUGUGGAGUUUAAAACAAUGUCUUCAAGGCUGACAUGGCUCUAAAACCUGCCUUUGCGGCGUUGGUUACAGGAAAUGAAUCUUCAGCAAAGCAGCUAUGUUUUUUUCUUAAAAGGUACAACCGGACUAAACUGCUGCACUGAAAAUAGCUUCAGCCGAGCAGACACGCGUUCUUUAGAAAAACCACAGGUUGAAAUGGAAAAAAAAAAAUGUUAAAAAACAGAUUCAUCAUUUUCCAUCAUACACAGCUUUGAACAUUUCUCCUUAAACUCGUGAACUUGCUUUGUGUUUUUAUGCUCAAAUAAUUAUUUUUCUCUUACCAGAUAUACUUCUCUUUAUAUUAUUACAGAUAAAAUUGUUGGUUUCGUGUAGAUUUGGAUGACCUUUGAAUGCUAUAUCCAAGUACUUUUUAUCAAAAACAUUUCAUAGUUAAUAUAAUCUUUACUGAUGUGCAUACAUUUAUGAUUUAGUGAAACGAUUACCUCUGUUAGCCAUCCAUAUUCAAUGUAAUAUUAAAUGGAGGUUUUGAAAAUGAUUAACGCUUGCUUUUAUUAAGCUGUACAGCAAAUCCCAAAAAUUCUCUUGCCAUCUUCCUCCAAUGUUAUCACUUUGUCUUUGACAUUAAACAGAAAAGAAUAAACCACAAGUAAGUGUAUAACUGCAAUAAAAGGAAUAGCAUCCAUUAUGAAUCUGUUUUUUAUAUUGUUUACUAAAAAAAAAGUAUUUACAGAUCACUCAGAUGUGUGAUCUGUAAAUUCACAAGUUCUUACAUGACAUAAAAUAUAUCACUGUCAUAUUUUUUUUUUCAUGAAUAUAGCUAUUGGUGGUUUCUUGCCUUAUUCAAAUCAGUAACCCUUUGUUAUAUCAAUCAUCGUGUAUAUCAUAAUAAUUCCGGCACUAGUUCACACUUACUUGUUCCAGCCUUGUUAGCCUCAUAGCAUAAUUGCCUAAUCGAUGACAUGACCAAUCAAUAUUAUGAGGCUAAGGUGAUGUAGAUUUUUCCUUUGAUGUAAUGAUUUGGUAACCCUUUUUUUUUUUUACUGUUCUUUGUCAUUUGAUUGCAUGUUUCCUGUAGUCAUUGCUUUGUUUUGUAACAAAUAUGUACAUAUGGAUAUGUCCUUCAACUAAUUGUUCAGUGUAAUUAAAUGAAUUUUGAAUUAAUAUUUUAAAAAAUUGUACAAUUAUAGCAACCAAAAAAAGGCUAAAACCACUCAGAUAAGACUUGUUUUUUUUGUUUCUUGUGUUUGUUUUUUACUCUUUUGUUUUGUGGAUCAUUUUAGACCACUUUGAGUCUAUUUGCAGUCCUUUUUUAUUCCAGAUUUUUGUAUAUUGUUUGGACUAGUGUUUUUAUCUACUCUUGUAUUUUCUGUCAGAAUGUCACUUCAUUAUUAUUUUUAUUUUUAUCAUGUUAUCAAUGUGCCAUAUGGAUUAUAUUUUCCAUUGUCAUUAUUUACAUUUAUUUUUGGCUGUUUUGUAUUGAAGUUUAAAGUGUCUGCUAGGUU